GGGACGCUUCUUACACACAGCAACAGUUAGACAGCCACCUCGGUAGCUUGCUAGCCAAACCGAUACAGCUCGUUAGACGCUUUCGUGUAUAUUAGCCACUGUGUUUUAAACCCAUUUUUGUUGUCUAGUUAGUUAGCCCAUUUAAUGUCAUAUUUACCGUGUUGUUAUUGGUAAACUAGCUGGCUGGUUAAAUUAGCACUAUCCUAGCUAGCAAGCUAACAUCGCCGACCAUGACCUCACUAAGCUACUCUCCAACUAUUAAAGAAGCGGGGGUCUGCUGGACGGAGAAGGAGGAAGAGGAGGAUGUUACAAUACAACAAGUGGAGGGUGAGGCUGUUAGAGUGAAAGGAGAAGAGAAAGAAGUUACAGUAAAAGAAGAAGUAGACGCGUUCAGAGUGAAAGUGGAGGAGGAAGUUACUGUGAAAGAGGAGCAAGAGGAGGAUGGAGUUGUCGGAGUGAAGGAAGAGAAGAGGGAAAUGACUGUCACAUCGAAAAAGGAGGAGGAAGAGGAAACUGGAUAUCUGGGCCCGGUUUCCCAAAGUGGUCUUAAGGCAUCCUAUGGUUCUAACGAUGAAUUUAGCCUUAAAAUGCGUUUGGGAAAAUCGGCCCAGAUUAACACUGGAGAGAGACUUGACUAUCGUGGAUCCUCUGUAGAGCCUCAACAACAUCUUGAAGCUGACGAGGCAAAGAAGAGUCUCUCCACAUCAGAACACCUCAAGAAACACCAGCGGAAACCCACAGGGAAGAAAUCUCACCGAUGCUCUGACUGUGGGAAGAAUUACUCAAGAUCAGAUUCACUAAAGGUACACCAGAGAAUUCACAAUGGAGAGAAACCUUAUACCUGUGAUCAAUGUGGGAAGAGUUUUGUUACAUCUAGCCGUUUGACUAUACACCAGAGAACACAUACAGGAGAGAAGCCAUAUAGCUGUGAUCAAUGUGAGAAGAGUUUUGUUACGUCUAGCCAUCUGACUAUACACCAGAGAACACACACAGGGGAGAAAUCUUACCAGUGCUCUGACUGUGGAAAGAGUUACUCAAGAUCAGACUCACUAAAAGUACACCAGAGAAUUCACACUGGAGAGAAACCUUUUAGCUGGUGUCAGUGUGGGAAGAGUUUGAAUGAUCCAAGCAGCCUGAAAACACACCAGAGAAUUCAGGCUGGAGAGGAACCUCACUGCUGCUUUGACUGCGGGAGGAGAUUCACCUCUUUAGCGGACCUUAAAAUACGUCAGGGAAUCCAUACAGGAGUGAAACCUUAUAGCUGUUAUCAAUGUGGGAAGAGUUUUACUGAAUCUAGACAGCUGACAAUACAUCAGAGAGCACACACAGGAGAGAAACCUUACCCCUGCUCUAACUGUGGAAAGAGUUUUGUUUCUUCAGUACAUUUAAAAUCACACCAGAGAACACACACUGGAGAGAAGCCGUAUAGCUGUAAUCAAUGUGGGAAGAGUUUUACUCACUCAAGCUGCCUGAUGGUACAUCGGCGAACACAUACAGGAGAGAAACCUUAUAGCUGUAACCAAUGUGGGAAGAGCUUUGUUACAUCUAGCCGUCUGACUAUACACCAGAGAACACACACAGGAGAAAAGCCUUAUAGCUGUGAUCAAUGUGGGAAGAGUUUUACUACAUCUAGCCAUCUGACUAUGCACCAGAGAAUACACACAGGAGAGAAUCCUUAUAGCUGUGAUCAAUGUGGGAAGAGUUUUACUACAUCUAGCCAUCUGACUAUGCACCAGAGAAUACACACAGGAGAGAAUCCUUAUAGCUGUAAUCAAUGUGGGAAGAGAUAUGCUGGUAGAAAAUCUCUGAUUAAACAUCAGAAAAUACACAAAUGAAGACGUUGUUCCAUGAUUUCAAUUAAAUAAUGUCACAAUGUAGAAUGUUUUUAACAUUUUAGUAGGAGUAUUUUAAUGUCAUAAUGUAUAACCCUAAAAGUUUGCCCCCCCCAUUCUAUUGAUUUCAGUGUGAUAUGGAUAUUAGCCUCAUAAGGGCAAAAAUCCAGGCUCUGAAUUGAAAGAGCACUAUUUAUGUGAUUAAGAAAGAAAGUGUUGCAUUACACUUACCACGUUGGGACCCACUUGAAAAAACACUUCAAAAUGUAGCUAGCUGUUUUCUACAAAUUGUCCUCUAACCAGUGAUGUAAACAUUAUUCCCAGAUUCCAUGUGGUUUUUGAGCUGUUCGUUUUAACAGGACAUGCAACCUCAUCUCCCUCCUCUCGUGCAACUGAUUUCAAUGUGAUAUCGAUAUGAGUGAUGACAUAAGUGUUGCAUUUCUCUACAUUUUUGCGACCCCUAAAUUUAAACGCAUUACUCCAAAAUGUAGCAGACUGAAAUUCCACAAAUGAACUUUUAACAAGGCACACCUGUUAAUUGAAAUGCAUUCUAGACUACCUCAUGAAGCUGGUUGAGAGAAUGCCAAGAGUGUGCAAAGCUGUCAUCAAGGCAAAGGGUGGCUACUUUGAAGAAUCUCAAAUAUAAAAUAUAUUUAGAUAGCAACAUGAUUCCAUAUGUGUUAUUUCAUAGUUGUGAUGUCUUUACUAUUAUUCCACAAUGUGGAAAACAGUAGCUACAAAGAAAAACCCUUGAAUGACUAGGUGUAUCCAAACUUUUGACUGGUAUUGUAUGUAACUUUUGGUUGACAGUGAAAGUUGAAAAUACAUAUUUUUCAGUUUGUUAUUUCAAUGACUUGAAAACAACUUAAUUUCAACAUACUUGCAGCCUAUACACAUGGACAGAGUAUUAAACAAUUGGUCUAUUAACAAUUUUAUUAACAAUCGUACAUCACUCUAGUAUUUAUACACACUAUUUAUUUACAACAUUCAAGUGCUAAUUGUAUUUAUUCAACUUCCGAAGAAGCGUGACUCAAAUCACCUACUCGUAUCAAACAUCCAGCGUGGUAAAAUAUAUAUAUUUUGUAUUAUUCCAUGCCUCACCAUUAAGUGAAUUAUUGCCAAUACCUAUUAACAAAGGGGUGUACAUUUGGUUUUGAUAUGUCAUAAUAUUUACAUUUCAUGUAACAUUUAGUAAUCUUAAUUAUUCAUGCAACCAACUUUCAUUUACAAGUAUAUUGUUUACAAACAAUGGAGUAAAACAAGCUUAUAUUUUGGGUUGGACAUUGCAUCCUAUUCUUACUAUUUUAGCUAAUGGCAUUUCCUUAGGGUGCUCAUUAGUCUUUCAGUUUUUAUUGUUAUUCUUUAGUUUUUUAUCCUCUUAUAUUUGUUGUGUAGUAAAUAUUUCAGUUCUUGUUUUCAUUUUUUUAUUUUUCUAUGAAGUGCAUUGUGUUGCAUCAAUGUCUGAAAUGUGCUAUAUAAAUAAAGCAUAAUUUAAUUUUAA